AUGACACAUAACUCCAAAACCAUCCAUUCCCUCCAAGAUUUCUUUAAGGAUGAUGAUGUAUUCAUCGCCUACGGCCAGGAACGGUUCUGCCAUGAUGAUUUUGAUCUUGCCAUGGACGACCUGAAGAACGUAUCCCCUUAUCGUAAAGUAGUUCGUAAGGACCGUGCUAUGCUGAAGAGCCCUUCUCUACAACGCAAGCUAUACUCUCUACCCAAGACUGUCCCUGGUACUGUGAAUGGAUCGCCCAACUCUAGCCCAAGAUCUCCAUUGGGUAAACCAUCAUCACCAGCGCAACCUAGAAGAGGUUCUAUUAAGACACUCAGUGAACAAAGAAAAAACUCUGCUGGAUCAGUCAGAACAAAGAGCAAGGAAAUGAUUCGCACAAAUUCAGGGAAGCUGAAGAAUGAAUCAGUUUCAAGGGAUAUAGAUUAUGGAGAGCGUAAUGGGGCGUCCCCUGUCCCUAGCCCCAGGAGCAAUAUACCGGUAGAUCUAGAAGAGAAAUACAUCAUCGGUCGUAUCAUCGGGGAUGGAAACUUUGCUGUAGUCAAAGAAUGCAAGAACAGAUCAACUAAUGAGAAGUUUGCACUCAAGAUCAUUAGCAAGAGGAGAUGUAAAGGAAAGGAAAAGAUGAUAGAGAAUGAGGUUAGCAUCUUACGUCAGGUGAAGCAUCCUAACAUUAUCUUACUGGUUGAAGACUUUGAUUGCCCUACACAUCUAUACCUAGUCAUGGAACUAGUCAAGGGUGGAGAUCUAUUCGAUGCCAUUUCCACAACCACCAAGUACACAGAACGAGACGCUAGCUGCAUGGUGCACAACCUGUUUAGUGCCGUCUAUUAUCUACAUUCCAUGAGCAUAGUUCAUCGUGACAUCAAGGCAGAGAACCUCUUGGUCUGCGAGCAUGAAGAUGGUACUAAGUCACUCAAACUGGGUGACUUUGGUCUUGCUACGGUGGUCAAGGAGCCUCUCUUCACCGUGUGCGGAACCCCUACAUACGUGGCCCCUGAGAUUAUCAUGGAAACAGGGUAUGGUAUGAAGGUAGAUAUCUGGGCUGCUGGUGUUAUUACAUAUAUCUUACUGUGUGGCUUCCCUCCAUUCAGAAGCCCAGCUAAUAAACAAGAGGAGCUCUUUGAUAGGAUUGUAGCCUGUGAUUUCAGCUUUGAUUCGCCGUACUGGGAUGAAAUCUCAAUUUCAGCCAAAGAUCUCAUCAGCGGGAUGCUAGAGGGCGACGUUGAGAAACGUUUCUCUGCCGUUGAUGUCAUGGACCAUCCUUGGGUGCAGGAUGAUAAUGCUAUCAACCGUGACGUACCCAUUGAUGUUUCCCAUGAACUGAGUGUGAACUUUGAACUCAAGGCUAAAGAGUCUAGCAGUGCUGCUGGUAUUGCUGUCAUCACUGCUACAGCACUUGAUAAGGACAUUAAGUACUUCCAAGGGCGUCGCCCCAGGGAAGGAGCCGAGGGGGCAGAGGAUGUACCCCUACAAGAUGAACUUGCUUUCUAGACACCCAUCGACCACACCCUUUAUUCCACCAACUCUCAGUGUAAACACUCCCAAGGAGGCAUCCUCUCUUCAGGAACUCGACUAUUUGAGGAAGGACGUAGAGUAUCAACAUGGAAUGUCAAUGAGUGAGGUUAAACUCAAUGAGAGUUUUGUAGUAUAAUGUUGAAAGUUUGUGUUGGUGUUUUGGCAGUGUUCACAUGCAUCAGCAAAAGUUUGAUUCAUUGGUUCAUUCUUUCAUCACCAAUACCAACACUUGAUUUAUUUUAUCUGAUUUUAAGUAUGGUCUUGCACACUGGUGUUGGGACACUGGUAUUGGACUUUUUUGUUGGAUACUGGUGUCGGAUACUAGUGUUAAACAUUAGUGUCAGACAUUCGUGAUAGGCACUUGUAUGCUUUUUAAUCACUGGCAUUGGACACUGGUGCUAAAAACUGGUGUUUGUGUAGGAGCAAUAUUUGCACAAUCAGCCCAACACUGAACUGGACAUGAGCCUGCGAUUAGCAUUGGAUCUACAUGAUGUUGAGCUGUCAGUAACAUGAUAAGUAUCAUUUUUAUGAUUCUUCAUCCAUUUUGGGAACUGAAUUUUAAGCAAUAGGCCUAGGCCUAUGUUGAGUGUUGAAGAUUCUGUUUGGGAAGUACCUGCUCUACCAACCCCAUACCACCAAAUUUAACAUGAGACUGGUGCUAGAACUGCCAUCACAUAAAGCUCUCAUCAAUAACAUGAUAUUAGCUAUGUGAACCCACAUUCUAUGUUGAGGUAGAUUCAGAGAUCUGAUCCACAAUUUCAGCACCAAUAUUUUGGUGUUUUUUUUUGGUCAAUGGGAUGAGAAUUUUGAGUAAAGGAUGAAGAUAUGAAGUAAUAUCCACAAGUUAUUAUAAAAUUAUAAUAAGGCAUUGUAAGAAUCUUACACUCAAUAUCAUGUCUCUUUUAGGUCCAAAAAUCAAUUGCUUUUCUUGCAAAAAUGCAACCUUGCAGUUGAUUGUUAGUGUGCUUCUUGCAAGAAAAGCUAUAGGUUUAUAUUUAUCAACAAAAUUGAUCCUUCAAUUGUUAAAUUGCAUUUUAUAUUUGCAAUUGAAUGGAAUGAGUUUUUUUGCAGAGUCUUUUGGUGCUUUAUGAGUGAAAACAUGUUGAUAAAAAAGGUUAUGAUACUACACAUCAUGUUUGUGUAACAUGAGUUUUUUUAAGUAAUUGAAUUUCAUAACGUUGCAGAAGUUGAAAUAAUUAGUAUAUUUAAUUAGAACUUCUUUGAUAAAUGUAUUAACACAUUCUUUCACAAAGUACUUUACAAUAUAUUUUUUAAUUAUAAAAAAUGUUCUACUAAUUAAAAAUUUACAAAGCAUUCCACCAAAAAUAUUUCCAUUUUUAAUGCCUAAAAAGUACUAUUUAAAACACCUACCAGUACUUGCUAUUUUUUUUAAAAGAUUUUAUUCCUUGUUAUUUUAAAUUUCACCUUUAUAUAAUCAUGACUUUAUGUUUGCUUACAAUUUAGAACUAAGUUUGCAAUCCAUAAUUGCGAGAUCAAUGAAGAAUCUCAAUUUAUUUUAGAACAUUUAAGCUCUGUUUGAAAAUAAUUAUAUCACCUCAAUCAGGACAUACAUUUACCUCAAAAGAUAUUUUGCCACAAUGACAAUCCACAUACCUUAGUUUGAAUGAUGAAUACUGAAAAUAUGUAUUUCUGUCGGAAAUUUCGUUUUUGUUUCAUUUUUUUUUCUUCAAUUCUCACAGGACACCAGCUUCAUUUAGAUUUUGGUUUUCAAUACCCUUGUAUUCAUGCAAUGUGUACAUUCAAUUAAUUGAAUCUGGGAUAUAUGUCAUUCAGAUCUGUCAACUCUAGAUUCAUCUAGUUGUUAAAUCUGUUGCCAAUUUUUUUUAAAGAAAUAUAUUGAUAAUCAUGUUCUCUGACAAUGAAUUUCAGAAAAGGCAAUCAUAGUAAUUGAUGACACCAUUAGAUAGCAUUGAUAUUGAUGCUUCAAAUAUAUUAAUAAAGAGAGACAUUUUUUCAGGAGGAGGUUGUUUUAUUUUGUUUAGGGUGUCUUGAUCAAAAGGUCUUGCUGGCAAAUUCAGGAUAGCAUCCGUCAAUCCACCUUAUAUUCUCUAUGCACAUAUUAUGACAUUACUUUGUGUUGUAGGCAAAUAGAUGUACAUUGUACCUGUUUGCUUUGAGUUGGUGUACGAAAAUACAAAUUGACCUGUUGUUAACUAGAAGAUGAACAGUGUUCUAACAGGAAAGGGGAAACUGGAUCUUAUCAAAUAUAUAUUCAAGGAUUGUUAACAUGUUCCAUUACACAUCUAUUGUUAUUAUGAUCAUAAUCACAAUGAAAAUAGUACUUGUCACAAUGGUUACCAUCAUCAGCUACAUCGUCGUCAUCUUCGUACUAUUAUUAUCAAAAUGACCAUCAUUAUCAUUAGCAUGAUUAAUAUCACGGGUAACCGUAAUCAUUUCUGUAGCCAGUGUUCCUAUCAUAAUUCUUAUGUACUUUCAACAUCAUAUUCAUCCAUUCAUCAUCAUCAUCAUCCCAAUCUUUCCUCUAGCUGACUCUCAUCUUCUAUCUGUUCCCUUGAGGCCAGGCCAGAGAUUCUCUGUUGGCCUCAAACUAUUGUGGAUUUCUGGGCAUUCAAAAUUAUCAGAGACAAAACAUAUUGCCAUUCUAGUUAUGUCAAGUUAGUGCAGAAAUGUAUGUGCAUUAUCAAAUUAAUAAACCUGAAAUUGGUUUACUCCUUAUGGCAAGGUUGCAUGGUUCUUGCUGAAAUCCUCAAUUGUAGAAUAUGCUGUUGGAUGCCUUUUAAAUCCAAACGAAGCCCAAUGUCCCCAACAAGCAUUAUGUUGGCUUUGAAAGUGCUUUUUCUUUCAAACUGUAUAUUAAUGGUAUUAUUUAGUAUAAAAGCAUCCUCUAAUGAAGAAAAUCGUAUCAAGAUUUGAAGUUGUACCAAAAAGUGAAAUACUUUUGAUUAUCUGCCUGUUUUUUUUCUCCAUUUUUGUCAGUUUUGAAAUUUGCGGAAUUUGGUGACAGAAGAAAUCAAGGAAUUUUUGGGAAAGCUUAUUCCUGCAAAUUAACAUUAAAGAAUAAAAGGCAUAGGCCUGUGAGGCAGCUUUCCCCUUAAUAUCAUAUAGGUUAUUUUAAAAGGCAUUUUGGAAAGGGUUCUGUUACACAAUCAUGGAAACUUUGAAAAUAACGGGAUAAAAAAGGCUCAUUAAAUUCACUGACCUUUCUAUAAUUGUUUAUGAUAUGUUUUUGUACUAAAGCACUUGAAAUCCACCAAUGCUCUUAUUUGUGAGACACCUAGUGACCCACCCUAAUAAUAGUGCUCAAUAUGUAAUUCAAUUACCACAAAGAGCUCUAAGUACUAUUCAGUUCUGUGAUUUGUUUUAUCUAGUUUACCAUCGAUGCAUGCUGAAGACUUGAAGCAGAUGUUAUACUUGCAUUCAAACCAAAUAUUGAUUUUGAGUCUGGCUUAGCAUGCAAUGUGUAACUUCACUAAGCUUGGCUCCACUGAAGUCACUGACUCUGUCUACAGAUCAUGAUAAACAAAUUCUUAAAUGUAGAUGCAAACUUUCAUACCUUGAAAUUAUUUAUAUAUCUUGAAUUAUCCAUUACCUAGUAUUGCUGCUACUCUGAGAUGUGCUAUAUCCUUGAGAACAUUUACUAAUCAUGUUUGUACUAAGUGUUUCUAAAAUUAUUGAAGCAUUGUUGUAUGCCUGUAACACAUGGUACGUUUUAUAUUAUUUAUUCAUUGUUUUUCCAUGUUCUUUUUUAAUAUCUUUUUGUGAAACACACGCAACCAAUUAUAUAUCUUUUUUCAUGUCAGUAGCUCAUUGUUGUUUCUUGCUCAUAUGGAAUCUCAUAAAUUUGACUGUAUAUAUUCUUUAUUGACAAUCGUCUUUUUUUUUACAAUUAAUUAUUCUUCAAGACUUUAUUCUGCAGUUAGCUUCUUGCAAUUAGCAAGUGUAUAUUUACAAUGUAACUACAACUUUCUUCAAUUCUAACUACUGCAAACUUUCAUCAUUUUAUCUCAAUUUCUCAAGUUAGCUGUUGGAUAUUAAUCGAUGAAUUCAUGUAUUGAAGCUAAUAUCUGUUAAAUCUAUGUACAGUUGAGUGACGUUUUCUCUUUAUUUUGCCCUAUGCAAAUCAUACAUACUUAUUUAUUUUCUUGCCGGUUUCAUCAUUGUAGAUAAUUGUUUCAUGAUAGUGUACAUAUAAUAUCACAUGUAUAGGCAUAUGCGUGUGAGUAAGUGUGUGUGUGUAACAGAAAUGCAAAUUCCAUUUAUGGAAUUGAAAUUUCAUAGAAUAAAAAUCAGUGAAUUGUAUUCAUGUAUUGCCAUAGAAUAGAUUUUCUUUGAAUUCUCCACAGAUUUCAAACUUUAUGAUGUAUUGUGUUGAAUACAGGCUUAGCACAUAUGACUUUGUGUCAAUAUAAUGCGAGAAGUGUUUGUGCUCAUGUGCAGGAGAGAGGUUCAGUUCACCCUUGUUAAAGUUGCCCAAUACUUGUAGGUACUUAUAGGCCUAUAUUCUGUACAUACAAUAAUCUAUGAUCAUUCUUGAUUACAAAGCAAGAUGCUGUCAACUAUUUUGCUGUAUGUUAAUUCUGCUGUUUUAAAAUACUGUAGAUAUGAUUUGAGAAAUCAAUAAAUUUAUUGUUCAUCUCUCUUGCAGGUAUGAUAAAAUGUUUUAAUUUCUACUGAGAUAUAUCUCUUACCUACAAAAUACUGUAAUACAUGCUGGUUACACAUAGGUCAGUUUUGUCCGAGCAAUACAAUGACUACUAUACAUUCAUUGCAAUGAAUACCAGUACAUGAAAAUCUUAAAGUGUAAAACAGGGCUUUGACAAUACUUGUCAUUUCAUUUGUGUAUUCUGUUAACUAUUCCUAGAUAAUAGUCAACAAAAAAUAUAUUAUGUAUUACGUGAUAGUGUACUGACAUGCCUUAAUUCAAGAAAGGCAUGCACACACACAGGACAACAAUGUGUUUAAGUGUACACUAAGGGAAUGACUUUCCCUGUAUUUAAAUUUGCUCGACAUAUAAGACUGCUACACAAAGUCUUUUGCAUAGCAGGUCUUGACACAACUUAAGUUGAGAACAUUUUUGUUCUUACCAAAAAUACUACCAGUAAUCAAAUAUGGUAAGCAGAAUCAUUUUAAGUUAAUUAUAUAUGUGGCUACUAUUUGAACUUUUAAAUCAUGAAUGGUAACUAAAAUGUUAUUAUUUAUCAAACUAACACUUCGAUUCAAUUGCAAUUCCUGAUGUAAAUUAAAACAUCGUUGUAAUUUUCUUAAUCAUCUUGAUAAUUUAAUAUUCAUGUAUUUAUGAUGUAACAUUUGAUGUAAUUAUUUAUGCUGUUCUUGUUGCAAUCCCAACCUUGUAGAUACAUGCUUAGUCAGUGGGACUUGCAUUUCUCUGAACAACACUUGUAUUUAAAAAAAAUCUUUGUUUAUGGAUGAACUUAAUUUGUGGCUAAACUGAAUCUUGUACAUAC